ACUGCCGUGCUCAGUAGAAGAAGUAGGCCCUGCAGUAUAGGAAGCUCCCAAGCAGUUUAUGUUCGCUGUUUCUUUCAAACUGGCAAUAGCCUUUUUUUUUGUAAAUAUAGAAAUUAUGACACCUCCCUGUACAAGGUUGCAAAUGCAUGAAAGCUAGGGAGGAAUAGUCGCCGAAGUUUCAUAUUGGAGAACGUUCUGAGUCUUCUAUAUGGGCCAUUUUCUUUCAAAAAAUGGUAAACGUAUGAAGAAACGAAGACGGAAAGUCAGGAAAAACUGCUUUCUUCGUGGGCCUUGUAUGCUGUGUUUCAUUGUUCACAAUACUUCUGCUAUUGAUGAGGAUCAGCUUGAAAGUGCAUCCAAACUAGCAGAAAGAUACACUGCAUUGACUACUACAGAAGAGUGUGCUAAAUUUCUUCUCUCUCCAAAAGAACUUAGUAUCUGGGAAGAACAGGGUAAAAGUUUACUUUCCAGUGUUCCAGCAAAACUUAUUGGGCCACCUCUUUUUAGGACAGUCUGUUCAGACUAUUCCGAGAUGCCUGUUUGCAAACGUAAAUGUGCUGGGGUACAAGCUUGUACACCUUGCAAACUACCUCGUUCUGCAGUUGGAAGAAUUCCAGAGACUGGUUUAAAGAAUGACAUAGCACAGUGUCCUGUGUCUGUAUGUACUUUGCCUACAUCCACAGCAGAAUGCGCAAACAUGGGACGUGAUGGGAACAUAGGUGACAGUUCAUCUCUUCUCCAGCAUCCAUUAUCCUCAUUAGGAUCUGAAGACAGUGAAAUAAUUCCUCAAGAAAAUCUUAAAGAUUUAAGAAUGGAAUCUGAACCACCGAAUAUUAAUGAGCUUCCGUCCUCUAUACUACUUAAGGUCUUUGCUCACUUAUCUUUGAAGGAAAGAUGUCUUUCAGCAUCGUUGGUUUGCAAGUACUGGCGUGACCUUGGUCUAGAUUUCCAGUUUUGGAAGCAGCUAGAUCUCAGUGGACGACAGCAGAUCACUGAUGAUGUACUCAAGCGAAUUGCAUCCAAAAACAGGAACCGAAUCCAAAUUAAUAUAUCUGAUUGUCGAAAUAUCUCUGACACUGGAGUGAGUUCCAUAGCUAUGCAGAGCCCAGGUCUGCAGAAAUAUAUAGCAUAUCGAUGCAAGCAACUUAGUGACAUUUCCCUCAUUGCAAUAGCAUGCCAUUGCCCUUUUUUGCAGAAAGUGCAUGUUGGAAACCAGGACAAGCUUACAGAUGAAUCUUUAAAACAGCUGGGAGAGAAAUGUCCUGAAGUCUUGGAUAUUCAUUUUGGUCAAUGUUACAAGAUCACAGAUGAAGGCAUGAUGGCAUUGGCACGUGGCUGUCCCAGAUUGCAGAAAAUCUACAUGCAGGAAAACAAACUGGUGACAGAUAAAUCGGUGAAAACAUUUGCAGAACAUUGUCCUCUGCUGCAGUAUGUGGGUUUUAUGGGCUGCUCUGUCACAUCCCAAGGAGUCAUUCACCUCACUAGGCUGAAGGACCUCAUCAGUCUUGAUCUACGUCACAUAACGGAGUUGAAUAAUGAAACAGUAAUAGAGGUGGUGAAGAGGUGCAAGAAGUUAAGCGCACUGAAUCUAUGCCUGAACUGGAGCAUUAAUGACAGCUGUGUGGAAUUUAUAGCUAAGGAAGGAAAGAGCCUGAAGGAGCUGUACCUGGUAUCCUGUAAGAUCACUGAUUACGCUUUGAUUGCGAUUGGCCAAUAUAGUGCAACCAUAGAAACUGUGGACGUAGGCUGGUGUAAAGAAAUCACAGAUAAAGGAGCAACCCAAAUCUCACAGACCAGCAAGUCCCUCAGGUAUUUGGGGCUUAUGAGGUGUGAUAAGGUGAAUGAAGAUACGGUAGAACGACUAGUUCAAGAAUACCCACAUAUCACCUUUAGCACGGUAAUGCAAGACUGCAAGCGGACACUGGAACGAGCCUAUCAGAUGGGAUGGAUUCCUAAUACAUCAACAGCAUCAUAAUGCUGUUAAAAAUUUUGUGUAAACUUAUUAAGUGGUUACUAUAAGUCUCAAAUUCUUAAAUACAGUAAAGGGUGAUUGCAAGAGACUGUCACUAAUAAUGAACUGUAUUGAACAAAAAUUGAUAACCACAAAAAGACAAUACAUUGCCAUUUUCUGUUCCUGUUUUGACAAUCUUUAGCAUUUGAAGAUUGAAAUUGUGGAUUUUUAGCUAUCCAUGGAAGGAGUUUAUUUUUAAAGAUAAGUAAUAAUUAGGAGCAGGUAUUGCAGGUAUUGCUCCAUUUGUUUUAUUUUAUGAAUUAUUUGAUGCCUAUUGUCUUUUUGUCCUUGAAACAGCUGUAAUCAAAUCUAUUGAAGUAUAUAUGCAGCGAGUUCAAAGUAAUGUCUCUUCUACAACAUCCUUUCUGCUCAUUGCUACAUCUGAGCCCCAAAUGGAUGUAAUGGGAAUUUUCAAAUAUGACAAUAAUCUGCUAAUUUCAUCUGGUUAUGGUCUUGUUUAACAAUUCCUCCCUUAGUUCAUCUUUGUUAAGAUUAUAUCUCAUUUAUUAAGAAGCUUGGUUAAAAUCUGAAUUCCAUUUUAUUAAGCUUCCUUCAUCCUUGAAAUAAUCAAUUACUACUGAUGUAAAAGAACAGCAAUGAUUUCACUCUAGGUAGAAGAACCAAUGGAGUAUUUUCCCCCUAAAUCCAGACUUAACUACAGCAAGCAGCUACAAUAAUGUUUGAUGUAUUUUGUUCUGUUUUUCUGUUCUAUUUCAUCUUUACAGUUGAUCAGACUAGCCUAUGUAGGACAUAAUUUUUAUAACACAAAAAUUUAAAUAAAACUAAUUUUUGUCCAUUGUAAAUAUCAUGCCUGAACACUUCAUUGAUUAAUAUGAGAAAAUGUCCUGAAAAGUAAUAAUUAAAAGUGAAAAAACAACAUAUAUUACUGUGUUAUUUAAGACCUGGCAUUAACUGAAUAUAUCCAGUGGAAAAAGACUACACAUUGUAUUGCAUCAGAAAUUCAAAGAACGAUAAGGUAUAUUUUGUCCAACUUUAACCAAAGAGAUCCAGAAUAUGGAAUAAGUACACAAUUCUGGUUUGCUUUGAUUGAUGAUUAAUUAUCUUAACAGAUUCUGAAUUAUUUUUUUUAAUCAGAUGUUAAAAGGUAGUAUGCAGUGUGUAAAUCUAUGUUUGUUUAAAUGUAAAAUGUUCAAUGGGCACAUAAACAGUUUUACAGGAGAACAUAGGAACCUGAAAAAGAAUGUGCAUAUUAAUGUAUGUGUGUUUUAAAUAUAUGCAAUUGUUAUGAAAUUUAAAUUGAACGUACCAGUUUAGAUGAUCUGCUUCAAAGUUCUUAGUCUGAGCUAAAAGUGAGCAGGAGGUAUCAGGGAGAAAGAAAAAACAGCUUAAGUGAUGCUUGGUAAAUGCAGCCUUUGAGAGUCCAUACAGAAACUGAACAAUUUAAGAUACUGAUAAUAGCCGCAUGGUGUAUCUAAAUGGAAGUCUGUUUGGGUCAUGCCUCAGAUCCUCAGCAUUCAUGCAAAAUACAUUUGUCAAUUUUUGAUUAGAUCGAUUUUCUCAGGUCUUGCAGUGUUGUUAUUUCUGUAAGAUUCAGCUAUUUCCUAGUAUUGUAUCUUUCUAUUUCUUUCUUUACACAUAUCUGAGAGUUUUGGAGUUCACAGUUAAUGUGCAUGAUUUAAUGUGUGGAUUGUACCAACAAGAAGUAUUUUCUAUGGAAGAAGUUUUAACAUUGGCUAAUGUUUUGCCUAGAUUACACAGCAAUCAACUUUACAUAUAUUCAGUCCCAUUGGCAAAGGAUUCUGUUUCAGAGACAAGAAUGUCAGGGAAUCCUUUCUCAUCAGAUACUGUCUGGCAUCCUUCCACUGUGAACUGUUAUACAGUAAAAUAACCUAGCAUUUGCAUUAAACUUUUUUACUUGUAGAGAAUCUCACUAGGAAGGUUGUCCUCGGUGUACUGCUGUUCCUGUUCUUCCUGGUUGAGUGAGAGGCCUCACGCAUCAUCAAAUAAUCAACUCAUUUUGUUGGUAGGAAAAUGGGACUGAUGGCAGUUUGGAGACACCUGGACCUACUAAAAUCUCUCUCUCAAAAAAAUCUUAAAGCACAGAAACAUGCCAUUGGGCUCAACUAUUCCUCCUACAAGCAUAUCUUCACUCUUGUCCAUCCAUCAGAUGUUUUAAACACAUAUUAUCUUUCUUCUCACGCACCAAGCAUCCUUCUAAAAACACCUAACCUACUUAUUUCAUCUAUUUCCUGGCUUAGCUUAUUCUGCAUCCUACAAAUUAUGUGAUCAACAAAUAUCUCCUUGUACCCCUGUAGAUUUAUUGGUAACUAUCUUGUGCUUAUGGCUCCGUUGUGGGGCUUUUUCCCCACUUAGAAACAUUAUUUCCAUCCUACCUGCCCAAUUCACUCAUAAUUUUAAAGAGCUUAAAUUCUAAUUGAAAUAAAAUUAGAAAAAUAAACAGAUCAGGUAGUAUCUGUGGAGAAAAAAGCAGAGAUCUCAUUCAUAAUGAUCUUCCAUCAUCAUCGUUAUGUGCUAUGUCGUAUGACAUGGCUGAUCAUAGUCUUAGACCAUGAUUGUUCUUGGCAAGUUUUUCUACAAAAGUGGUUUGCCAUUGCCUUCUUCUGGGCAGUGUCUUUACAAGACAGAUGACCCCAGUAUUAUCAAUAUGCUUCACAGAUUGUCUGCCUGGCGUCAGUGAUUGCAUAACCAGGACUUGUGAUAUGCACCAGCUGCUCAUAUGACCAUCCACCACCUACUCCCAUUGGCUUCAUGUGACCCUGAUUGGAGGGCCAAGCAGUUGCUCACCUUGCCCAAGGGUGACCUGCAGGCUAGUGGAGGUAGGGACGUAGCUCCACCUCAUCACACAUCAGUACUAGAAAUUGUAAAAAAAAAGUUUCAAGAUGCAGAGGAGCAGUGGAGGGUUAGAGAAGAAAAGACUUAAUGACAUGACGCAAUGACAUUUUCAUUGAAAGAUUCAAUGACACAAGAUGUGGUAAUACUGGUUGCCAGAAGUUAGUGAAGGGUUUUAAAAUCAGGAGUGAUCUACAUAGGGAUCUAGAGGUUUUAGCACAGAGGGUGAAGUAUGUGAGCAGGGAGAGAGAGCAAAGGAAACAUGGAGACAUGAAAUACAAAUCACUGCAGAUGCUGGAAAUCUGAAAUGAAACUUCUUGAAAAAAUAUCCAAGUGAUCAACAGAACAGCUGUAGAGAGAGGAGGGAAGUAAACAUAUUUUAAGUAUAUAGAACUGACCAAGUAUGUAUGAUGCAACUGGAAGUGCAAAUAUCUGAAUUUGUUGAAUUGUAAGGUGAAUCUUGAGGAGUGUAUGGUGUCCAGUUGCAAAAUGAGAUGCUGCUCCAUUGUGCUUUGCUCAAAUAAUGUAGGAGGCAAAAGACAAAGUUUUGGAAGUGGAUUCAAGAAUGUAAAUUAGAGUCAAUUAGAGUGAUUCAUGCAGACAGAGUUGGUGUUCUGCAAGGUGGUCACCCAAUUUAUGCUGGGUUUCCCCAAUCAAGUUAGAUUGGGUGACCACCUUGUAGAAUACACUGUUUUGUCUGCAUGAGUCACUCCAGGCUUUCAACGGACCCUCAUUUCCAUUCUUGAAUCCAUUUCCACUUUCACCACUCUGCCUUUGACCUCCUACAUUGUAUCAGCAAAGCACAAUGGGAGAGCAUCUCAUCUUGUAACUUGGCACCAUACAGUCCUCAGGAUUUGAGGAGAAAUCACAUUGUAACAACUAAAUAUAAUAUCCUAAAUUGAAAGAGGCAAAGACAAUCAAUACUUCACUUGGAAUUAGUGUUGGAUCCCAAAUGGUGGAAGAGGUCCACAAACUGGGGACUCAAGCAUUUGUUCUACGCAUAAUAGAGAUUGAUUUUGCUGAACAUUUCUGUUAAGCGCACAAAGGUGGCCCUGAGCUUCCAGCUACUUGUCAUUUUAAAUCUCCAUUCCACUCCCACUGUGAAUUUUCUAUUUUUGCCCUCAAUCAUUGCUCUAACAAGACCCAAUAUAAGCUCAAAAACAAUAUUUCAUUUUUUGGAUUAGACACAUUACAGCUCUCAGAACUCAUGACUGAAUCAACAAUUUCAAUGAGCAGUAUUUCAGAUGUAUAUCAGAAUUGGCUGUUCUGACAACAGGUCACCAUUGUGUAACCUUUACUCCAUUUUGUCUCUCCAAAGAUGCUGCCAGACCAGCUGAGUACUUCCAGCAUUCUCUUUUAUUUCAAUUUUCCAGCCACUUAAGUUCUGUAUUUUACAUUUCCUUGUUCUCUUUUCUCUCAUUCAUCUCCACACAGAUCAUCUGUGAUCAAUAGGAAAGCACCAGCUUCUUUCAGCACCACAUCCUUUUGUAGAAAUUCCUUUUGUUAGCUCCACCCCACCCUCUUUUUCUUCAAAUUAAAAUGUGUUUGAUUUGUAACUUUUUUUCCUUAUGAUAAAAAUUUAAUUCUAUUUUUUAACAUAUAUGCUGCCUGCUGUAAGAAUUUUAAUGAUUUUCUGGCUUUACUUCAUAUUUUUGCAGACCUCUAUAGUCGCCACUUACUUUAAUCUUUCCCUGUAUGUACAAUUUCUUGGUUUUGUGAGACUGCAACCAUUCAACCAGUGAGCUUUUAACCUUGGGUUGAUUGGUUCAGGUCACACUGAAAUACCAACACUAUAGGAAAUAAGUGGCCUUCUCCUAUAGCUGAAGUAACCAGAGCUCAGGGGAAACAAUGACAAUAAUUAAUGGAUCUCUGUGAGGCAGCAUAUAUGUAAGUCCAUAAGAUCGAAAGUGUAGAAAGCUCUCGUCUCUCACACACACACACACUUGAAUGCACAUGCACAUGCGCGCACACACACACACACACACAUUCUCAAUACCUUUUGUGAAUUUGAAAAUGCCAUAUAGCAUACAUUAUUUGAAUAGUAAUAAAACAAAUCCCAGUUUUUGAACAAUUCUGUAGAUAACCUUAAAUCUGUAUAUUUCAAAGGGUGCAAAAAGAAGUGUGGUUAAAGAAAAAUGUAUGUUGAAAAGAAACAUCCCUUUAAACAUUCAAAGUGACUAUGCUUGCAGAGAAAAUACUCUUAAGUGCAUUUUCUGCUGUCCUUUCAGAAUUUACAAACCUGUGAGUGCUGAAAAGGUACAGUUUUUUUAUUAUGGUUUGUGUUAUUAUUUCUUCUGCCACUGUAUUACUUCUAUUGACAUUUGCAGGGUUAUGGUUGUGUCUUGAAUAAAAAGGGAAACUGAUAAAGAGCUUUUCCCUAAUCUUCAACACACAUACACAAUAUCCAAGUGAUUCAAUAGAAAUCACUAUGUUGCAUGGAUAAUAGAUAUCACUUAUUAAGACACUUAAUUUAGUUUAUGAGAAAUUUUAUUCACACCCAAAUUGUUUUAACUAUGCCUUCAGCAGGAUUUGAAACUAGAAUGAUUUCCUAUCCAAUUAGUGGGAUAUCUGAACCAGGUUCCCAAAGAUGAAGUAUUAUUCUGCAUUUUAUUUAGAAGAAAAAUACUGCUUAAGUAUCCGGUUUGGAAUGAGAUUGAGAAUUACAAUGAUGAGUAUUGUCAAUGAAGAUUAAUGGGAUGAGUCCUGUGACAACUGAAUGCCCUGACAACUGGAUGAGAAUAAUUAAUGUAGAGUGCAAUGGCGCAUACUCCAAACUUUCAUUUAGCUUAUUCUUUUUAGGGAAGGGAAAAUUUACAAAUUGUAAUUUACGGGGCUAAUAAGGUUCGGUAUUAUUUAUAAUGGAAUCUGUUGUACUUGGUUGAUUAGCCAUCUCACAUUUUAUUUCAUGUUUGCUUUGGUUCUUGGAAAAAGCUGAAUUUCCAAAUGACUUUGGGACAUUUUCUUAUAUUUGGAUUUUUUCCUAUAGUUCAUAAAUUUGAUUUAUUUUGCUAGAGAGAUGGCCAAUGAAUAUAAACUAUAUCUUGUAAAUUCAGAUGAGAAAAGAAAUGUUGCUAAUUACUUAUCAAUUUGUAACAUGAGAACUGUCCAAUAAAUAGCAUUUC